AUGAAAGCCGCGCUCAUAGCUCGCGGCAGUACUUGUCAAUGGACAGACGAACUACCGACAGUACUGCUGGGUUUACGCACAGCUAUAAGAGAAGAUAACAACUUGAGUCCAGCUAUGAUGACCUACGGCACUACAUUGCGCAUGCCCUCCGAUUUCUUCGUGCCUACACGGACGGGAUUUGUCUACGUGUACUCAUGUAUUCAUACGGAACGAUACAGUUCGAGCACCCGAGCACCACUCACUCCGCCGUAUGACGGCCCUUAUGAAGUACUGAAGCGCUACGACAAGUACUACCAAAUACAGUUACCACUUCGGACUACAGUAGUAUCAAUUGACAGACUCAAGCCUGCAUACAUAUUAAACGAAGAGGUUGAAGGUAUGGCAAGCACAGCAGUAGCAUCUACACCUACACCUACGAGUGCUACGUCGUCAGUUCCUGCUACAGACUACAACACGGACAAGGCACGUCCCUACACUACAAGAAGUGGACGCGUCGUCAAGAAAAAUGUUCGCUUCGCUUGA